UGAAUAACUCAAUAACUCCGAAUCUGAAUCAAUGUAAGUAGUGUGACCUUGAAGGCUGUCCCACACUCAAAAAUGACCUCUACGGUGGUUAGAGGGAAACCGAAGUCGGGCCGCACGUGGAAGGAUGUUCGGACUGCGAAGCAUAGUUCAAUGAAAAAAGAUAAAGGUUUGCAUACAGCAUUCCAUAUUCGUAGAAAAAUUGAAGAGCAAGUAAAACAAAUUCGUAAUGCAUCUCUUGAACGGAAAAAAGCAAAAGAUGAGUUAAAGAGGGCUAAACGUUUAAAAGAAGAAGAAAAACGGAAGAGGAAGUUGGAAAAUGAACGUCGGUCAGAAAUUGUUGUUCCGGUAAGUAAUCCAGCGAAAAUCAAACGUAUGCGAAAGAAACAAUUAAGAAUGAUUACAACUCGAUAAAAUGCCAUUCUAAUGUAUGAUAAUAAUAAUAAAUAUUUAAAAUUGAUA